CGAGCUCAUUGGGGGAGGAUACAGAUGCACAGCAGCAGCAACUCAUUAACUAAAAUACUAAUGAUGGUCAAACAGAGUCAGGUUGUUACUGUUGCUGCACUAAAUGGGAUGGAUCCUUAAUUUAACGUCAGACACUUCAUGUGUUCGUGUAAAUCAGCUCUGCUGGACAAACAGCUGCUGACAGACUGCUGCUGUUAUCCAGUCAGGACAGAAGUCGGCUCUCUGUGUCACCCUCUUCCUACAUCUUCCAUUAGCUCCAGGACUGUUCACCAACACCAGUAGCCAAAAUGAGCAUGCAACUUGAAUUGAAGAAUGUGUUUCUGAGAGCUGGAGAUCAGCUGAAAGUAAAAGGGUUGGUUCUGCAUGAUGCUGAGAGAUUCCAGAUCGACCUCGGCUGUGAUCCAGACAAUGUGGCAAUGCACUUUAACCCUCGUUUCCACGAUGACACUGACGGAACCGUUCUUGUUUGUAACUCAAAGAUCGCUGGUUGUUGGGGCGAUGAGAAACGGGAAUCACAUAACCCUUUACAGAGAGGCACAGAUGUCAAGCUUGUGUUCAAGCUGACUGGAGACAUGUUUGAAGUGGAGCUUCCUGAUGGACAAGAAGUCCAGUUUCCCAACCGUGAGGGCAUGGACGUCUUCAGCUACAUCAGAAUCACAGGAGACUUCAAACUGACUUCCUUCAAAAUCUGCUAAGAGACACAACUUCUGUCACACACACAUGCUGUGUUUGUCACUUUGGUUAAAGACAAGACUUUGAGAAAUGGUCAGUUAUUGUGAGAAAUGUUCAUCUUUAAGAGAUGUAGAUCUUCAGCACAUUGGGAAUGUAUCUUUAUUUAAAAAAUGUCCUGUUGUGCACAAGAAUAUAAAAUGUUUGAAUCCAAAUGAUCUUGUUUUGUUGUCUUUGAAGGGUUGUAGCCUAAUCCUGCUGGCUCCAGGCCCCCGUGACCCAAAUGAGAAUAAGCGGUUACAGAAAAUGGAUGGAAGGAAUAUUAGAUUUGUUCAAAUUACAACUAUCUGUCAUAAAAGCUCUGUGAUCUAUGUCAGGUCUUAAAGGUUUAAAUUGAGACAGAGAAACCUGGUCUUUCAGUAAUUAUGAAGAAUUUAUUUUUAUGAUAACUCAUUAUUACUCAACAGACUUCUACAGAAAGAUUCUAAACAAGAACAACAAAACAAAAGAAAAAAGUAAAAGAAAAUAUCAAUAUUUUUCUUCACACUUAUAUUUCUAGAUAUUGAUUGAUAUGUCAGGAGUCUAAAUAACAACAAUACAACCAAUUCUAAUAUGGGCAAAAUAAAAACAUUCAAAACUAUAGAUAGUGUAAAACUGUUGAAUAUACAACUCUGAUGAAACAUACAAAUAAAAUAUGAAGAUGAAAAUGUUUGUUAAAGAUGAUUUUCAGAUGAUUUAGACAACAGAUACAACAAAAACAAAAACACAUGUCCACUUCUCACAACUUUUUCUUUUUGUGGAACUCAAAAAAUCUUAUAGAAGUAAAAGUUUCAUACAUUUUUAUAAUAAACAUUUCAAUAAUGCAAUCUCAGAACAUGAUUCACCCAGUCUAUGAAUUAUGUUACAUAAAUUCACUGAAAAACUUAAGAUACAGACAUAUUGAUAUACAUUUUUAAAAUUGCAAAACAUGUGUUGCCUGUUAUAAGGCCUUUUAAUGACAACUAUAUCAAAGAAAAAAAGUAAAAAUAAAAAUAAUGGCUUCCAUAUACCAAAUGAGUUGAAUUAUAUACACUUCUGACAACAUAUCUAAGAUCACCAUCCUACACCAUUCUUUCACUUUGAAACCUAAAACUUAAGAAAAUGCCCAUCUAUGGAAGAA